UCUACUCUACCUUACAAGGAUUUUGUGUUGCAUAGACCGCCAUCUUCCUUCUCCUCUUUUCACCUCACUCUCUCACUCAUUUCUCUGCUACUCUCUAUAUACACACAAAUAAAUAUUUCCAUAUUUGUCUACGCUGGAACGUUGUCCACUUGUCUAUCUACUCUUUUCUUACAGUUUCCCAUAGGUAUGUUAUAGCUUCUACCACUUCUCUUCCUCCCUGUUUGCUUCAAAGGUCAAUUUCUGGACUGUUCUUCUUUUACUUGUAAAAAAUUUGGUCGGAAACAUCUGGAUGUAGUGGAAAUUGGUUGAUAAGCUCCAAGGGGAAAAAAAGUUUCAAUCUUUCUGGUCCUUGGUUUGUUUUGCAAAGUGGGAAACUUUACAAAUUGACAACAGCUUUCAAAGUUUACCGUCUUGAUCAUAAGGGUAUGAAGAAUUCUGGGUUGGGUACAUUUAUGAGGAGCAGGAGAUUUGGGAGCCAUUUUGAUGCCUGGUCAAGCUUGGAUUUGGGUGCCCAAUCACAAGUGGUGGUUAAGGGGGAGUUGUGGGGGAAGAAGCAAAAGACAAGAGAUGUGUAUGUGGAAGAUGAUGGGUGGUUGUGUGUGUUGAUAUCAUGGAUUAGGAUUGUUGUGUGUUUUGUUUCAAUGAUGUUCACCACCUUAGUGUGGGCUGUUAUCAUGUUGGUGCUUUUGCCCUGGCCUUAUCAGAGGAUUAGGCAGGGCAAUAUCUAUGGACAUGUGACUGGAAGAAUGUUGAUAUGGAUUUUAGGGAAUCCAAUAAGGAUUGAAGGAGCCGAAUACUCGAAUGAGAAGGCUAUUUAUAUCUGUAAUCAUGCGUCUCCCAUCGACAUUUUUCUCAUAAUGUGGUUGACCCCUACUGGCACUGUCGGCAUUGCAAAGAAAGAGAUUAUAUUUUACCCGCUGUUCGGGCAGCUGUAUGUUCUGGCAAAUCAUUUACGCAUUGAUCGUUCUAAUCCAGCUGCUGCAAUAGAGUCUAUGAAAGAGGCUGCUCGAGCAAUUGUGGAAAACAAUUUAUCUUUAAUCAUUUUCCCCGAGGGUACAAGAUCAAAGGAUGGUCGACUAUUGCCGUUUAAAAAGGGGUUUGUGCACAUGGCGCUGCAAUCGCGGCGCCCAAUAGUCCCGAUCAUUUUCACCGGAACGCAUAUGGCAUGGAGGAAAGGCAGUAUGCACGUUAGACCGGCUCCUCUAACCGUCAAGUUUCUCCCUCCAAUUCGAACCGAUGACUGGAUAGCUGACAAAACCGUGGACUAUGUAAAAUUGGUACACGAUGUUUAUGCCAAAAAUCUCCCAGAGUGUCAAAAGCCCCUACAAAGAUGAAGCAAUUCCAUCUAGGCCACAGAUGAGGGUUUAGAUAUCAGUUUGUGGCUUCUGGAGUUGAAUAAAGCAAAAAUGUUGCUUAUAAUGUUUGUAUCAGAAACUCAUUCAUAGCACAUGUACUAGAUGAUAGAAUAGAUGUACAUAUACAUAUAUGUGUUGCUUA